AUGGGCAAAUACAAUUUACCUAAGAUUGAUGGGUUCCAGGUGUGCUACUUCGACCCAGAAGUAGCCACAGGCAGCGCUUAUAUAGUUGAUGACGAUGAAAGGCAGUACAGAAAUGAGGUUAUGGCAAAAUUUGCCGAGUUUGUUGAGAUACGAAAGAAAAUUGAUGAGAAGCACCGGGCCAAAUUGGCAAUGGAGGACAAGAUCAGGGAUCAAUUGAGGUAUUUAAAGUCUAUCCAAACAGAAUGUGAUGAUGCGUUAUUUAAACAAAUUAUCAGUGAUUAUAUGAGGUUGAAAGUUUUACUGGAGAAGACAAUUCUACUGCGAACGGAGUUACAACUUCAAUAUGCAUGCCUGUGUGAUACCGUAGAGCGUCGAAUAGAUUAUCUGAUAGACCUUUAUCGUUUAAAUAGGGAUAUUCUGAAUAAAAUUAAAGGUUGA